UAUUUAAUGGAUCAGUGUCUCUUAUUGAAAAGUGUUUCACUGAAGCAGAAAUAAAACUCUGGUUCCGGUUGGAGCUCCAGGGUUGGACCGAGGGAAUGGAGACCCGACAGCGGAUGAAAUCAGUCCUCCAGAGGCGCAUAGACUCCAUGGCGCAGCAGCUCCACAGGCUGAGUCUGGACAUCUGGAGCAGACCCGAACUCUCCGCUCAGGAAGUCAGCGCUCAUGACACGCUGGUCCGGUUCUUCUCCGAGCAGAACCAGGGCUGGACGGUCCAAAGCCAAUAUAAACUGCCCACCGCGUUCCGGGCCAGCUGGGGGCCGCUGGGUGUCAGCCGGGGGGCCGCGCUGAACGUGGCCUUCCUGUGCGAGUAUGACGCGCUGCCGGGGAUCGGACACGCGUGCGGCCACAACCUGAUAGCAGAGGUGGGAGCUGCGGCUGCAGUGGGGCUGAAAGCUGCUGUGGAGACCCACGCAGAACAGGCUGUCCCAGUGGAGAUAACUGUUCUGGGAACUCCUGCAGAGGAGGCGGUUGGAGGAAAGAUCGACCUGAUCCGAGCGGGGGCUUUCAGUGAUGUGGAUCUGGUCUUCAUGGCUCAUCCAGCUCAGCAGGAUGCUCCCUUCCUUCCCACCGUCACCAUCGCAGAGAUGUCAGUGAAGUACCACGGCAAGGCGUCCCAUGCUUCUGCGUACCCUUGGGAGGGGGUAAAUGCUCUGGAUGCUGCUGUGCUGGCUUACAGCAACCUCUCCGCGCUCAGACAGCAGCUCAAGCCUGAGUGGAGGCUGCAUGGCAUCAUCAAACACGGCGGGGUGAAGCCCAACAUCAUCCCUGCCUACUCUGAGUUGGAGUUUUAUUUGCGAACUCCACAGCUGAGUGAUCUGUGGGAGCUGAAGGCCAAAGCUGAGGCUUGCUUCCGAGCGGCUGCUCUGGCCACAGGCUGCCAGGUGGAGAUAAUCUACCCGGCACACACCUACUCUAACAUUCUGCCUAAUUUCACUCUGGCUAACCUGUAUGAGAGCAACGGAAAAGCUUUGGGGAUGAAGUUUCCUGAGCAGCCAGCCAGCUUCUCUGGUUCCACAGACUUUGGGAACGUAUCCUUCUUAGUGCCUGGGAUCCAUCCCUUCUUCUACAUUGGCACGGAUGCAUUAAACCACACAGAGGAAUACGCUAAAGCAGCAGGAGCUGAGGUGGCCCAGUUGCACACCCUGAGGGCAGCCAAGGCCCUGGCAAUGACAGCUGUGGAUGUGAUGUGCUGCCCAGAUCUCUUGCAGCAAGCGAGAGAGGACUUCAGGCUGGCCAAACUGAGAGCAGAGGACAGACACGCGAAUCCGGAACAAACAUAAACCAUCAGAACUUGACUAAAGUUAGAAGGUCAUAUCUGCUCAGUUUAAAUUAGAGAGUACUUGCUGAAAAAACUGGUGCUUUGUAAAGUAUGUACACUGUAUGUAUUUUUUAUGCUCAGCACUUUUAACACAAGUGAUGUAAACGGGUGAAGUAAAAACAGCCUAUCAAAGUGCGUCUUUCCAGAAAAGUUAAAAAACAAUCCAGUGGACUUUCCUUCCAAGUUUUAAGGCGUUUCGCUUCUCAUUCAGGAACGCUUUUCAAUUCAAAAUGUCAGAAAUAGCGUUGAGUUCGAGGCUUUAUAGAGACAGAAAACAAAGCCUUGUUUUGGCUUAGAAAACAUGCAAACUAAAGUGGGAAAGGGAAUUUGAUAUUCUAAUAACCGACGAAGGCUGGCUGAAUAUUUGGAAGACCCAAACUACAACAUCCUCUUCCAGAAUCUGGAGAGAACAUUGUUGGAAGAAUAUAAUCAGAUUUUAUAUAACACCCAAAAUUACUAGUAAAUUCAAAUCUAGAGCUCAGCCAUGCUGGAGAGAUUGUGGAGCAUUUAAUGUUAAUCACGCGCAUAUUUUCUGGCUCUGCCGUAAAAUUACUUAGCCUGACGUAGUCCUACUUAAUUCUAGUCAGAAUGAGUCUGAUGCUGCUCCAUAGAGCUGUGAUUAUGGGGC